UUCUUUUAUUUUUAUUUGAAUUUAUUUUGACUUUUUUUCGUUUUCUUUUUGUGAAUUUUCUAUAUUUUCUUGUAAAUUUUUAGUUAUUUUUAUAAGAUUUUCGUUUUUUUCUUAUAAAUUUUAUAUUUCUUGAAUUUAUUAAGAAAUUUUAUUUUCUGAGUUUUUUAAAUUAUUUAUAUAACUUAUUUCUAUUUAUUUAUUAACUUCAUUUACAUCUUUUUUUUUUUUUUUUUUUAAUAAUUUUUUUGCUUUAUAUUUUUUAUAUUUACUUUCAAGUUUAUUUUAUAUUUCUUAAGUUUAUUUUA